AUGCUACCGACCCUGCUCGCCGUCAUCUCCUCCCUUGGCGCUGCAUCCGCGACAGGGAACCCUGCGACUCGAGCAACACUCCCACCCGGAUGCGGAAACGAGCUUCCACGCGGUAUCGAACCUGGUGUGUCGACCAACACGACCAUUGUUAUUGCCGGCGUCGAGCGCCAGUAUCGCAUUCAUUUGCCCGACAACUACGACGCAAACAACCCCGUACCGCUCAUUCUCUCUUACCAUGGCCGCGGCAAGGACAUGAAGUUUCAGGAGGAGCUCUCGCAAUUCUCGAACAAAUCUAACAACCCCGAUGCCAUUGCCGUCUACCCGCAAGGCGUGCCUACCGCCGCUGGCACCCACCAAUGGCUCGGAGACAUUUCCGCCAACGAGACCGUGAACAACGAUAUACAAUUCACCACCGAGCUCAUUGCGAAUCUGAGCUCGACUUACUGCAUCGAUCCCGCGCGCGUCUACGCUACCGGCAAAUCCAACGGUGCCGGCUUUACCACUCUGCUCGCCUGCGAUCCCGAUGCUUCCCUCCAGAUUGCCGCCUUUGCUCCCGUGAGUCCGGCCAUUUACAAGGGCGUGCUCGGUGCGCCUGAGGGCGAAAUGCCUCCCUGCAAACCUGGCCGAACGCCCAUCCCGAUUCUGGAAUUCCACGGCUUCGCCGACGGCCAGAUAGGCUACAAUGGCACCUCGAAACGCGGCGAGACGGCGAACAUCCCGGAAUACAUGAACGACUGGGCUACGCGCAACGGAUUUGAUGCACAGGAGAACAAGACGACCGACGUAUGUGCAGGCACCGACUUCCCCGAGGCAUGGAAGCAUACCUGGGGCGACGGCGUCGUGCAGCACUACAAUGCGUCCAACUUGGGGCACACCUGGCCCGACACAUAUCCGAAUGCGGAUGAUGGUCGUCAGACGUGUUAUGAUGCUACGCCCUUGAUCAUGGACUUCUUUGAGAGAUUUACCCUGUGA